AUGACCAAGGCUAAGGUCAUCAUUCCUUACAAGAACCGUAUCGAACUGGCUGAAGAACUGCCCGAUUGGAGUCGUUUGAACAGCCAAAUUGAGUUUGUUAAAUACAAAAUUACCACACAAGAGGCGUUUCGAAAAGACCUCAAAGAGUCCAAUGCCGAUUGUUUAUGGAUCACUGACGACUUCUUUGCAUUCUUAAAUGGACCCUCGGCUUACUACGACGAUUUCCCUACGAGUCUUAAACUAAUUGUCGUUCCAUGGGUAGGAACAGAUUUCUUGGACAUUUCGAGACUCAAACGGGAAAAAAACGUAAUAGUGUGUAAUAUUGGACCCAACGCCGCUAGCAAUGUUGCCGAGCUUGCUCUUUACCUCACCUUGAGUUGCUUCAGAAUGACCUCUUUCUUCGAGCACUGUUUCCGGUUUGUCCAUACUGGGCAAUGCUUCACAUGCGCAGAGUAUAUUGGCGGUAGCAAACAUGUGUGCCAGAAGACUUCAGGUCUCAAUAAUAGCAUGCCUUACCCAUUCCCGGAAAAGCUAACUCACGAACAAUCUCAAAAUGUAGAGCUGUCCAAGAAUUUCACAAUUGCUGGUAAAAGUGUGAAUUCUCCAUCAGGCAAAACCGCACUGAUUCUGGGGUUUGGAUAUAUCGGGCAAGCCAUUGGGAAAAAACUGCAUUAUGGGCUCGAUAUGAAAAUAGCCUACCACAGAAGAUCAGGGCCCGUUUCCAAAGAGGUGUUGGGGUACGACGCAGAGUAUUGCAAGUCACUCGAAGACCAGAGUACUUGGACUAAGGCGGAUGUAAUUGUUUUAGCUUUGCCAGGACAUUCGUCUACCAACGAUAUCAUCAAUCGUAAGACCCUGGGCUUUUGCAAGGACAAAGUACGGAUAGUUAACGUAGGACGCGGCUCUUGUAUUGAUGAGGACGCAUUAUUUGAGGCUUUAGAGUCAGGAAAAGUAUGCAGUGCAGGUCUAGACGUUUACAAAAACGAAGACACUAAAGUCGACGCGAGGUUUUUCGAACGAUGGGAUGUAACGCUCUUGCCCCACAUUGGAAGCGCAAUCGCUGAAAUGAUCAGUCGUCAAACCUUGAUAACACUGCAAAACAUCGAGGAUGUAUUACUGAAAGACGGAAGGGGCGUAUAUCCAGUGAAUUGA